CAAACGGCACUUAUCAUGGCUAGCACAAAUACUUCUAGAUCCUUCCACUUCAGUAGGAACCUUCCUAAGCGAAAAAAGACGAGCGCACCGCAAGCAGGUUUUGCCUUAAUGUUUGACAAUGUGCUUUUUCUUUUUCAGGAGCUUUUCCCUGCCAACAAGCGCAGUUGCGAGUACUUCUCCAAGUACUUCUCCGACGUCGGCCUGAAGGAGCUUGCGGACCAUGCCAGAAACCAGCAGUCCAUUGGUGCUCGCAAGGAGCUUCAGAAGGAGCUUGAGGAGCAGAUGUCACGCGGUGACCCCCUCAAAGAUAUCAUCCUCUACGUCCGAGAGGAAAUCAAGAAGAACAACAUCUCCGAGCAGACGAUGAUUGGGCUGAUUUGGGCAAGUGUAAUGAGCUCUGUGGAGUGGAACAAGAAGGAGGAGCUGGUCACGGAACAAGCCAUCAAACUCUUAAAGCAAUACAGCCCACUGUUGAAGGCGUUUACCUCCCAGGGCCUCUCUGAGCUCACCCUCCUGCUGAAGAUCCAGGAGUACUGCUACGACAACAUCCACUUCAUGAACUCUUUCCAGAAAAUUGUUGUUCUGCUCUACAAAGCGGAUGUCUUGAGUGAGGAGGCAAUUCUAAAGUGGUACAACGAUGCCCACACUGCUAAAGGAAAAAGCGUUUUCCUUGAGCAGAUGAAAAAGUUUGUCGAAUGGCUCAAGAACGCAGAGGAAGAGUCCGAGUCUGAGGAAGAGGAGACAGACUGAUGACCUCUGGCUAAAACUACCAUCUUGAUUUGUAUUUUUACAUUAUCAUAGCAGCAGAUGCAGUAGACUUAUUGCAGAAGUCUUGUCUGUAUUUAGUCUUUUCCUUCUUUAUUAAAUCCCUACCUCCUAAUAUCUAGUUCAACUGUAAUGUAAGGGCUUUAUUAUUGUUUUCAUUUUUUUCCUGUCUCAAUCAAUACUCUUUAAAUUCCUUCAGGAGCCGUGCCGCAUUUCGCUAAAUUAAUCAAAACCCCUUUCCUGUGACAAAAGGGGACUUGUUUUUUUGGACACAGACGGUUCCCUCUAAAAUGAGCCAGUUUGGAUGCAUAUUUCACAGCUAUUGUCUUUAGUCAUGGAACUCUUACUAGCCAGAGGUCCAUCUGUGUAGCCCUGAUAUUUGAGUCCUCUGAGGCAAACUGUUUUUGUAACCUCACUCUACAUUAUACUGCCAAUUAUGUGACUUUUCCCCGGCAGUUUUUAGAUUCUGUCUUCCCUUAAUGGUGAUGGAGGUGUGCCAUGUUUAAAAAGCAAUGGUCACUGUUGCAAUGCCCCAUAAUAUGAUCUUCAAUUUUGUUUUAUACAUCUUGUGUAACAACCAUGCAAGCAUUGUAUUUGUUUGUUUACCUUUACCAUACAGUUUGACUUUUUAAAUAAAGGGGAAUUAAUGGUU